AUGUCGAGCUCGACAGUCAAGCGGUCCUCCCUGCUGCUGCAGUCGCCGUUCCCGCUGCCCAACAUGCCGGAAGCACACGUCCCUCUUCGGCACAGCAGCAUCGGCGUCCCGCCCAGGCAGAGCAGCCUAGCCAACCGGCUCUCGGUACACCGCCGCAGCCUGAGAAGAAGCGACUCCAUGGAGGAGGCCCUGAGGCCCAGUCCUCCCAGCGAGAGCGAGAGCAGCGACGGCCGAGUAGGCGGCGGCGAGAGCUUCGUCACGCCCCCGGAGGAGGAGACGCUUGGCACGGCACGCUGCGUUGCCAUCGUUGGAAUGCUGCUUACUUCUCUCCUCUUCUCCCUCAUCGACACGACUAUCGUAUCGACCUCCCUACUUGAGACUGCCCAGGACCUCGGGAGCUUCUCCGAGGCGACUUGGAUAAUGCUAUCAUACCUGCUGACCUACAUGGGCUUUUCCGUUAUCUUUGCGAAGCUCAGCGACAUCUUUGGUCGGCUCGCGAUGCUCGAGGUCUCCUGGCUCCUCUUCACCGUCUUCUCGCUAGGUUGCGGUCUUGCGCAGACUAUGAACCAGCUGAUCGUGAUGAGGGCUUUCCAGGGGAUAGGCGGCGCCGGCCUCUACAGCCUGCCUAUAAUAUGUCUCCACGAGGUUAUCCCGAGGCGUCGCUGGCAGUUGGUAGGAGGGGGUAUCGCAAUUACCCUCUCCAUAUCAUAUGUUCUCGGCCCGUCCCUGGGAGGCGUUGUCCCGCACCGCAGCAGCUGGAGGGUGCUAUAUCUCAUCAACAUCCCUUUUGGGGUGGUUGCAGCUGCCGGACUAUUCCUCCUAUACCCCCGACGGCGGCAACAAAACACCACCACCAUCCUGCAAAGCUUCGGCAUGAUCGACUUCCCUGGCGCCCUCCUGCUCCUCGCCGCGAGCAUGAUGUUGGUAUACGCGAUUCAGGAGGCAGGGUCCAUGAAGUAUCACUGGAACUCGGUCCCCAUCGCCGUCAACCUGACACUCUCGCUGCUUUGCUGCAUCGCCUUCUGGGGGUGGGAAGCGUUCCUUCACGCGAGAGGCGGCCGCGUCGCGCCCAUAUUUCCCAUGUCCCUGGCUACACAUCGAGUCUAUGUUGCCUGUCUGUUCGUUACAGUACUUGUGGGGUUCGUCUUCAUGCCAGCCGUCGUCAUGAUCCCCGAGCGAUCACAGAUACUGGAGGGCAAGAACGUGAUGAUGGCUGGCGUCGACCUCCUCCCCAUGCUCGCCGCCGUGGCCGUGGGCUCGUUUGUUGCCGGGCCGCUCUCGAUGCAAAAGAACCGUACGACCUUCACCCUCGUCCUGGGCACUAGCUUGAUAACGACAGGCGCAUCCCUCAUGACAAUCCUGGAAAGCAUGGCUCCGGAAUCGGCCAUCAAGGCCAUGUACGGCUUCGAGGUCGUCCUCGGUCUUGGCUUCGGCCUCUGCCUGGCGUCGACAACCAUCAUGGCCAACCUGCAAGCAAGAGACGCUGACAUGGCGGUCGCCAAUGGCGCCGUAGCCCAGGCUCGCGUCCUGGGCUCAGCCAUCGGACUCGGCAUCUGGACCACCAUCUUCAACACGACGACGCAAAGCGGCGGCAGGCUGGGGUCGACGGCGGAGGGCGGAAUCCUCACGCCCGAGCAGGCAGAGGCUCUGCGCCGGAUUCCCACAAGCGUGCUGCAGCUCCCAGGGCCGGCGCGGGCCGAGGCACGAACAGUUUACAAGGCGGCCUUCACGGAGCAGAUGAUGGUCUUGGCCAUUGCCGCGGCCGUCGCCUUCGCCCUGAGCCUCUGUACCUACGAGACCGAGCCACCGCCCGGCCAGCUACCGCCACCGUCGCCGCCCAUGGGCUGGAAUCCUAAGCAGAUGAUGCCUGCCACUGAUGGCGCCAACGAGCAGGAGCUUCUGGACAUGGCCAGGAUCGAGGCCUCGCUUGGGGUCACCAGGGGCGACCUUGGCCAGCCUUUGCAGUCGGACAGUCGCCGGGAGUCUUUUGAGCUCGGAAGGCUCCCUACUGUUCCGCUGCCCAUCAUCACGAGGUGA